CCUCCUCCACCAGCCAAAAUAGCAAUCGCGGCGCGCGCAUUGCCUACCACUGCAGCUGCAUACGGCAAUUUGCGUCUGAAAGAUAUUCGCCGCACGCGCGCUCGUUGAGCGACGCCGACGGCCGAGAGCUGCUUUAUUGGCUUGACCAAAGCAGCAGCCACCCCUACAGCACCAUGGCCGGCGGCCCGCAGCAGAUCCGGCAGAUGGUCAACUUCAUCCUCCAGGAGGCCCACGAGAAGGCGAACGAGAUCCGGGUCAAAACAGAGCACGAUUUCAAUGUGGAGAAGCAGACCUUAAUUCACGCCGCGCGCCAGCGGCUCAACGAGGAGUACGCGCAAAAAGAGAGAGAAAGGGAGGUCCAGCAGCGCAUCGCCAAGUCGACGGCCGUCGGGGACGCGCGCGUGAAGAAGAUGAGACUGAGAGACGAAUUGCUCAAGCAGCUGGUGGAUGAGGCUCGAAACGAGGUGGCGAAGGUCGCCAAGUCGCCCCAGUACCCGGAGCUCGUCAAGAAGUUGAUCGUGCAGUCGCUCAUAAAAAUCGAGGAGCCGGACGUCGUGGUGCUGUGUCGGGCGUGCGACGUGCAGCUCUGCGAACAGCAGGUGCCGGGCGCGGUGCAAAUGUACGCGGACAUCAUCAAGAAGGAGACGGGCGAGAUCGCGAAGGUGACCUGUCGGGUCAACAAGGACGCGGCCAAGCACCUCCCGGAUCACGCGUGCUGCGGCGGUAUCACGGUAACGGCGUGCCACGGGCGCAUCGUCUGCGACAACACGCUCGACGCGCGCAUCCAGCUCUGCUACGAGGAGCUGCUGCCCCAGAUCCGCCACGAGCUGUGGGACAAGCACGGCGACCCCGCGGCGAAGUAGGUCUCUGUGAGUAUAAGUGAGUACAUAACGGUG